GUCCGUGUAUAGCUUCACCUUGAACCUUCAAUCUACUUCCCACCACUAUACCAACCUAUGCCAUAACACUCUCCGUUCCAAGCAGUAGGCAGGCCCUGCUUGACAACACCCAUCCAUUACCCUUUACUUCCUCUUCUCCAUUCUCCCUGUAUAGUACUUCCCACCUAUCACCUACCUACCACCCACCCAACAAAACCAAAGAAGGAAGCAACAAGAAGAAAGAAUGACCUCCCCCUCCACCUCAUACAUAAUCCCCUCCCCGCACGACAUGACCACCGUCUCCGACGACGACGACAUCGCCUCCCUCCCUUCCGAGUCCACCUCCGCGUCGGACCUCGACUCGCUCUCCGAUUCCGAUUACUCCGAUGCCGAGGAAGAAUGGCGCGAAAGCAUUGAACAAUUAGAGUUGCUGUUGACGAUGGUUUUGGUCCCCUUUGUUGGGAAGUAUUUGGGGAGGAAGUGUGCUUAUUGGAGUUGGACUCGUUUCAUGGAGUGGAAGUAUCCGGUUGAGGUGGUGGUGAGCAAUAAGGCGGUGUUUAAGGGGACCGGGGCGGUGGAGGCGUUGUCGCCGUUAUGAGGCUAUCUAUGAGUUGGUUGGGGAUGAGGAUGGACAAGUAUGGAGGAUGUCGUUGAUAUUAUCUUUAUAUGGUUAAGGGUUGGUUGGGGUUGAUUGGUGGGAUCUAGAAGGAGGUUGGUUUGUCAAUGCGACGGACGGGUUGGUGAUGGCAUAGCAUGGCUUGAUUUGUGAAUUACCUUUACUUUUAUUUACUUUAGUAUACCCAGAAUAUCACGGGCACAGACAGAG